CCGUUGCGUGCAGCUCGUGGAACGUCGAUCAAAUCAAAAUCAAGUUACAAUCAAACAUACGAAAACCUACUAAAAUGGCCUUUAAGUAUCUGAUUUUCGCGUCAGCUCUCUGUUUGAGCUUGGCCUAUCCGGUGGAUCAACAUCAUUAUUAUGAGGAGAGUCACGGUGGCUAUGAGCACUUGGCCCAUCAAGAGGCGGCGCCGAUACACGACUAUGGCCACGAGCAUCAGCAUCAGAUUGAACGCGUCUCCCUAGGCGAGGAGCAUGGACAUGAGCAUCCGCACUACGAGGUGGAGCAGCAUCAUACAGAGGACGAACAUGUGGAUUACUAUGCCCCUCCUAAGUAUGCCUUCAAGUAUGGCGUCAACGACUUCCACACUGGCGACGUCAAGUCGCAGCAUGAGACACGCGACGGUGACACCGUGAAGGGCCAAUACUCUCUGGUGGAGCCCGAUGGUUCCAUUCGCACUGUGGACUACACCGCUGACAAGCACAAUGGCUUCAAUGCUGUCGUUCACAAGACAGCGCCAGUGCAUCACCAUGAGGAGAUCCAUGACCAUCACGAUCUGCAUGAGCAUCACUAUUAAGUAAUCAACACAAGGAAGCAAAAACAAACAAACAUGAGACCAUAUAAAACUAUAUAUGUUUCUAGAGUUAGCCAAAUUUCUUGAUAAAGUCGCUUCAUCAAACAUACACACAUGCACACACACUCAAACACAUACAAGCAAUCGAACGAUCCAUGUAAUGUAAUCAGCUUCAUAUCUCGUAAUUAGGACACUGAUAAAAACCGCGCACUCAUCUUUGUCCGAGUGCAGGCAUUAUAAUACUUCAUAAUACUCAUUUAUCAUUUGUACAUCGUAUUUUAUUUCUGUGAUAGCAAAUAAUUUCCUCUAGCUUCCUACAAUCUUAACUCACUCUUAGCUCACUUACUCUCUCUCUUAGUCACUAUUUUAUCUGCCACGAUUCAUCCACUUCUAAGUUCUAGUUCAUUCACUCAGACG